AUGGAGAAAGCGGCGGGGGGAGAAGCAGGAGUAGGAGUUGAAAGCAGACUGGAGGCUCUGGGUAGACAGCUGGAAGCUCUCAAGCUAGACAGCGACAAGAGGCUGCUAGCCUUGGAGGAACACUAUGAGAAAUCAGACAACAGGAUUCGAGCCUUAGAGGAAGACUACAGGCGCUUACAGGAAGAGAACAAGAUUCGAGACCUACAGGAAGACUACAGGCGCGUACAGGAAAACUACAGGCGCCAGAAACUCAGCAUGAAAGUAGCGUGCAAUCUACGAUUUGGUUACUUCGACGACCUUUGCUCUACUUUUGUCCAGCUUCCAAAGGCUCCUGCAGUAUUUCGGCAAAACAAAUGUCUGGCUUUUGAACAGCUCGCGCAGGACUUACCCGCCGAUAAAGAUUGCAAUAAGGGACAUAUCACUGAGGAGAAAGCUUUUGACCUGGAGGGCUGUAAAGUUAACUCAGACUUGAUCGAGCGAUCGCACUUGGUCCCAAACAGUGCUACAUGUCGAAUCGACUGGGGGGUUAUUGUGCAGAAUGCCCUUCCAGAGGGCUUGCGUUCAGAUGAAGUUGCUAAAAAGGUUUUGUUUGGGUGUUCUGAUCAGGACAAACACAUACCAGGCAUUGCGGACCUUCCUUUCAACUUCAUCUACCUUGGUGGCCAACGAGAACAUCUAGACAGCAAAGCGGCUCUAAUGUUGCUUCCACUCCUAUCUCCUCAGCAGCAAUUCGAGUGGAAAGGCGAAGGGUACAAAGCGAUUUUGAUCGGUGCACAAGGAACAGUUUACAAGCAGACGUAUUUUAAACUUGAUACGAAAGCUGUUCUGAAGAACUCAGAGUACGAACCGUGCCAACAUCAUGUGGACGAGGAGUCUCUCGUCAAGGAAAUCUGCCGUCCGAUGAGGCAGAACUAUUUGCUGCCCACGUUGUAUCAAGAUGACAGGGAGGUGCUAGAUCAGUCCCUACAGCACAUUGAAACUCUUUACAAGGACGUUUGUUUGAUUCAGUGCGAAGCUCCAAAAAGUCUCAAACAAUUGCUGCAAGAUGGCGGAUUCUGGAACCAAGACUCCAAGCGUUUCAAUCUCACAAAAGUCUCAGGGUUCGAUGAUCUCAGGGAUAAACUUAGAAACGAGAAGAAGGUCAAGGCUUUCAAGGGACUUAAGUCUGAAACUGGGCAGCCAGUGGCGGAAGCACUGCCAUGUUUUCGCGUGAUCACGUUCAAAGGAGACAGUCAGGAAGAGCAAGAUUUAGAGCUUCACACGGCUCCACACCCUCUUCUUCUCUCGCUUCGCUCGAUGAACGCAAUCACGAAUCACUUUUACGGAGACUUGCCAAAUGGGAGAUCAAGUUUGCUUCUUAUGUCCUGUUACGGCGGCCUGGAGGAAGGGAUGGCAUUCGAUUGUGAACAAUGCUUGCGAAACGCGUUUGGAGAAGAAUACGACCCGAAAGAGAAGUACGUCAUGGGACCUCAUGGCCCUGAGAUUCUGUCUUGCGACGGGUAA